UCCAUGGAGAGGAUGUAGCUAGCUGUGUCGGGGCUGAUGCACAGGGUUUUCCUCACAACAACAAUUAUUAUCUUCCGAUUGCGGCACAGUUGAGGGGAAACAACAUAUUUACAUGUGCAUUUUUGCAGUCGAUUGUAUUUAGCGGAUCGUCUAGCGACCGUUGUGGGCCUUUCUUAGUACACAUGUUGGUUUUAGCUAACGUUAGCUAGCCUGCUAGUCAGUGGUAUGGAAUGGAAGGGGUUUGCCGAUCAUAAUAGCAGCAUCUUUGCGACCAGUUACAGCAACAGCAGAAAUAGGAACCAUGAUUAGGCCUCUCACAGGCCACACUCUGCAUUUCUGUGGGUUUUUACAAUAUCUAUUCGACCUGGCAUCGGGACAGGCAGCCUUUGAAUUGAUGCAGUCUAGUCCAGAGAGUUUGCAGUGAAAGGUCUCAUUGCAUUGGCUAGCAGGCUAAUUAGCUUGCUAGCUAGCCUCCGUUACAAUUGGUGUUUCGUCGCGAAUAGGAAAACAGCUAGCUGGCUAGCUCGUUAACGUUAGCUUGCUGGCUAGCUAACUUGCUACGGGGUUUUUUGAAUUGUACACAAUCCCUGGGACUAAGACAUUUUAAGCAUUAACUGGACUUUUCUGGAGUAGACAACACCUCAACGUGUGGAUAUCGCUGUUAUCCCAGCUGUUGCUGUUUUUGGUAAGCAGUGGCAGCCACCAAGGAUUCCUUUUUGCAAGCGGAGAAACUGACUGCCGUAUGAAUGUGGGACAAAAUGGAGACCCCGACGAUUGUGUACGAUCUGGAUACCUCCGGGGGUCUUAUGGAGCAAAUCCAAACCCUGCUCGCACCCCCGAAGUCCGAGGAUGGCGAAAAACGAAGCCGAAAACCGGAGAAGGAACCUCGGAGAAGCGGCCGGGCCACGAACCACGACACCUGCGAUAGCUGCCGAGAAGGAGGGGACCUCCUGUGCUGUGAUCACUGUCCCGCCGCCUUCCACCUACAGUGCUGUAACCCACCCCUGAGCGAGGAGAUGCUGCCCCCUGGAGACUGGAUGUGUCAUCGCUGCAACGUGCGCAGGAAGAAGCGUGAGCAGAGGGCGGAGCAGAUAAACGGUCUCCUGGAGAGGCAGUUAUCGAAGCGCUCGUCGUCUCCGGCAGGGGAGCUGGAGCUGGGUGCGGUGCGGCUGGACGGGGUUCCCCCAGGCGGCCUGAGGAUGGCGGUGGCGCAGGUCCGCCUCCUGGAGCGCCGCACCAGCAGCCGGCCUGGCACGCCCACCUCCAACGCCUCCACAGACACGCCCACGCCCUCAGAGCAGAAUGACGUGGACGAGGACCUGCUGGACGUCGAAGAUGAGGCUCCCAGCUCAGAGCCCGAGACCGCCACCCCGCACCUCAAGAGGCCCUUCGAGCUGCUGAUCGCUGCUGCCAUGGAGAGGAACCCCACGCAGUUCCAGCUCCCCAACGAGCUCACCUGCACCACCGCACUCCCAGGCAGCAGUAAGAGGAAGAGGAAGGAGGAGAUGACAGGGAAAAAUGUGAAGAGGCCACAGCAUGAGCUGGAUCACAACGGCCUGGUUCCCCUGCCUGUGAAGGUGUGCUUCACCUGUGGCAGGAGCUGUAGAGUGGCUCCCCUGAUCCAGUGUGAUUACUGCCCCUUGCUUUUCCACAUGGACUGCCUGGACCCUCCCCUCACCGCCAUGCCCACAGGGAAGUGGAUGUGCCCCAACCACAUGGAGCACAUUGUGCUGAACCAGAAGAACAUGACCCUGAGUAACCGCUGCCAGCUCUUCGACCAGUUCCAGGACCGCAUCUCCCAGCACGCCGUGAAGGUGGACUUCCUGCGCCGGGUCCACCGGCAGAACCCGCCCAACCGAUGCGGCCUCCUCCCACACAGGAAGAAGACCUUCAAGGUUCCUGAAGCCAUUAAGGCCCAGUACCAGUGCCCCCCUGCAAUGCUGGCCCCUGCUGGAAUCCGGAAUGGGGAGCUCAUCUGUAACGGCAUCUCGGAGCCCCCCCAGCCGCCCCGCGCCUCCCCUCAGCACUCAACCAGCGAGGCGGAGCAGCAGGAGUGGCUCCGUGACGUCAUCACCCUCCAGUGCAGCAUCAUGAGGCACUUGUCGUUGAGGCGGGGGCUGCCCCCCCUCUGGGGCUCGGAGCCGACGGACAGGGCAGACGUGAAGCAAUGCGUGGUGGCAGGCGAGGACAGCUGCUCUCGGCAUCCCACAGACAGGACAGUCUUGCCUGUCCCCUUCCCUGAGUCCUGCAGUAUCGCACUCAGCCACCAGGGGGAGGAGAGGGUCAGCUGCGGCUUGUGCGUGGGCAGGCCGUGCCAAGACUGCAGGACUUCCAACGGCACGGCUGAGCAGCCGACCAAAACCAAUGGGCCUGGCCCCCACAGGCAGCCCAGCCCCCCAGCACACACGCGACUGCGCCCCCACACCCCUGCGGCCCCGCCCCCUGGACUACCCAACCACGUGGGCGGAGACACGGUUAAGAUGGAGGGCAGCGCUGCCCUCAGCCCCUGCGCCCAGAGGCCACCCUCCUCGCCCUGCCCAUCCCCCUGCCCAAACUCUGACCCUGCCCAGCCCCACGGGACGUCAGGGGGGCAGGCGGCUGCGCUGACCAGCCGCAGCGUGUCCUCGCCCACAGCAGGGACCCGGGCACUCACACCCCCUAGAGCCGCGCAGGACACGGGCGUGGCCAGGCUGUCCUCCCCCGCGCCGCCCUCAGGCGGAAAGGCCAGCCCCCGCGCCACUUCCCCCGCUGUCGGAGACCUCUCUGGAUGUGUGAAGGCUGUGAUGGAGGGAGACGGAGAGAUGGAGCUGAGUAAUCUGGAUGAGCAGUUAAUCAAACUCCUGGCAUGGCAGAGGAUCCAGCAGCUCUUCCCUCCAAAAGCACUUCCUCCACAGAGUGUCUGCAUGAUUCCGCCUUCCCCCUCCACCUCCCCCACACCGCUGCCACUGCAAAUGGAAGUGCAAAAGUCAGAGGUGCAGGCACGAGCGGUCUUCUAUCCGCUAACGGGGAAGGGCGGAGCUGUGAACAUGUGCUACAGGACCCUGUAUAUAGGAACUGGUGCUGACAUGGAUGUGUGCCUUACAAACUACGGUCAUUGUAACUAUGUGUCGGGGAAGCACGCCUGCAUCUUCUACGAUGAGAACACAAAGCAUUAUGAGCUGCUGAACUACAGUGAGCACGGGACCACAGUGGACAACGUGUUGUACUCCUGCGACUUCUCCGAGAAGACCACCCCCAGCCCUGCCAGCAGCGUGGCCUCCAAAGUGCAGAGCAUUAUCCGUCGCUGCAAAAGGAGGAAACAGGAGGAGGAAGAGCAGGGGGAGAGUGCAGAGGCGCUGCCACCAGGGGGUGUGAUGAGUCACCAGUCUCAGGGCGGGUCCCGGAACUCUUGCAGCUGCAAGGCCAGCAGCUCCAGCCUGAUUGGUGGAAGCGGAGCGGGGUGGGAGGGGACGGCGCUGCUGCACCAUGGCAGCUACAUCAAGCUGGGCUGCCUGCAGUUUGUCUUCAGCAUCACUGAGUUCGCCAGCAAGCAGCCCAAAGAGGAGGACGCCACAACUGCCCUUGACCAGGAGGGGGUGCCACUCGAUGACAAACAGGCAGUCAAACUCUACCAAGUUCCCGUGCUGCGCUCCAACUCAGUCCCCUGACCAGGGUUCCCAUGGCAACUCGGAGGCCAGCCUACUCAGCAGGAAA